AUGAAAAAAGAGGAAGCUAUGCAUUAAUCCCUGAGGUUCACCUACUUCUUAAUUGGGACAAUCGCCUUUUCGCAAGGCAUUAUGGGUUUAUCUGAUCUCGCGAUUAGCUACAUGCAAAAAGAUGAUUAUAAACAAGAUCCAGCAUAAACCCAAUUUUUCUCAACCAUCAUCAGCUUGCCAUGGAUAGUCAAACCCUUUUGGGGCAUAAUGACAGACACGGUGCCUCUUUUUGGAUAUAGGAGAAAAUCAUAUCUAAUAUUUUUCGGAGUUCUGGGGUUCUUUUGUUGGAAUUUGUUGGCCGAUUACGGCGUGGAAAAUAGAGAAUUUGGAUUGAUUUUAUUGACAGUUAUUAACAUUUGUGUUGCAUUUUGCAAUGUAAUAGGGGAAGCAUUGUUAGUGGAGUAUUCAGGACAUUCUGAUGACGAUACGCAUUAAAAUGAUAAAGCAAGUUAGAAUGUGACAUUUUUCUUCGGAAUGAGAUCAACAGGAACUCUAGUUACAGCAUAUUCAUCUGGUAAACUCUUGUAAUUGUUUGACAAACGCUAUAUUUUUAAAAUAACUUCGAUUUUCCCUCUGAUCUUAGCAGGCAUAGCAGUAUUUGUAAAAGAAAAGAAAUAUUCAAAAGAUGAACCUGAAAAAGACAAAAUUAAAACAGUUGAAUCCCUCAAACUAUUUUCAAAAUUCGUUUCCUAACCAGUAAUUUAUAGACCAAUUUUGUUAAUCAUGGUAUUCAUGUCAUCUCCAUCCAUUUCAACAGCGAUGUUUUAUUUCUACACCAAUGUUCUAUAAUUUGGCCCAGAUUUUAUAGGAGAAUUACGACUUUCCUACUCCAUAUGUUCCAUUCUUAGUGCUUACCUAUUUAAUAGAUUUUUAAGGCAUGUGAAAUUUACUAAGGUUUUUGGUUAUAGCACAUUUGUAUACUGUUUGGUUUCGUGCUAAACAACUUUGCUAGUUACAAGAAAGAAUGUUAAGUUAGGUAUCCCAGAUAGAUUAUUUUGUUUUGGAGAUGGUGUUUUAAAUUAAGUCAUUGGAGAAUUAAACACAAUGCCUGUAUUAGUAUUGGCCUGCAAAAUGUGUCCUAAAAAUAUUGAAGGAACAAUGUAUGCCUUAUUGAUGUCAGCAAUCAACUUUGGAGGGAUGGUAUCCUAAGAAUUAGGAGCAUUGCUCACUUAUUAUGCUGGUGUGACAGAUGAUAACUUUGACAACUUGGCAAGGUUAAUAGUGAUUUGCUCUUUUUGCACAAUGUUGCCAUUACCAUUUUUAGGAAUAAUUAAUGAAGAUCAAAUGGCUAAAGCUAGAGAGAAGCAUUAGUAUGAAUCUCUACCUAAGGAAGAAGACGAAAUUAAUGUUGAAUAAGAAGUUGAAGAGAUAACUGAUACUAAAUGUGCAAACUUAUAAAAUGAACAAUUAUUAAUUUGA